AUGUGCUCAGAAGCCAGUCCUCCCAGAAUAUCAUUUUCGCUUGAUCUUGGUCAAGCAGAUGUUUUACCAGUUGGUCACAACCAGCCUCGCGGGGACACAUCACUCUUGGACUUGAAUUGUGACUUUGAGUUUAGCAUCAGCGGCAGCUUCAGGCAUGAAUCUUCUCCUGCAGACGAGCUUUUUUCUCAUGGGGUGAUCCUUCCUAUGCAGCCUAGAGAAAGGAUCGGCGAGGCACCGAAACGAAUAUCUAACAGUGAAGCCAGACAUAGUGCUUCCCUCCCUCCUCUUCCAAGUCCUCCAUCAAAUGAGAACCAAAAGAAAGAGAGCGUGAAGGAAGUUGUAAUGGAUAUGAAUUCUGAUCAUCUGGAGCUGCACAAGCCUCAGUCCAAGUCUUUCUGGGGGUUCAAUAGAAGCAGCAGCCUCAACCAAGACAACAAGAAGAGUUUGCUUUGCUCCUUGCCACUCUUGUCAAGAAGCAAUUCAACUGGAUCAGCUCCAAAUCCAAAUCCAAAGAAAACCACAUUUAAGCAAAGCUCGUCACAAAAGCAAUCAUCAAAUAUUUCUAUGUCAAAGUCGUCUUCAUAUUCAUCAUCGUCUUCCACCUCAUCGAACCCGUAUGCAACGCUGCCGAGGCCCCCAUCAAAGAAGGGGUACAAUGGAUCAUCUUACUACGGCAAUGGUGUUCGGAUUAGCCCCGUCUUAAAUGUACCAUCUCCUUACAUUUCCAAAGGAACUGCAAAACUCUUUUGUUUGGGUUCUUUUUUACACCCCGGCGGGAAAGAUAAGAAGGCCAAGAAAUGA